AUGGGUGUCACCAAGCAGAUCAUCAAGCAGGGCGACGGCGUCAACAAGCCCAAGAACGGCGACAAUGUCACCAUGGAGUACACCGGCUGGCUCGAGGAGAACGGUGCCAAGGGCAAGCAGUUCGACUCCUCCGUUGGCCGUGGUGACUUCGACGUUCCCAUUGGUACCGGCAGAGUCAUCAAGGGCUGGGACGAGGGUAUCGUCAGCACCGACGGUGGCAUGUCUCUCGGUGAGAAGUCCACUCUUACCAUCUCCAGCGACUACGGCUACGGUCCUCGCGGCUUCCCCGGUGCCAUCCCCGGCGGUGCCACUCUGAUUUUCGACGUCGAGCUUAAAGCUAUCAACGGCAAGAGAGCUUAA